AUGCAGGUUUUGUUUUGGUAUAUUAACGGUGUUGCACGUGAAGCAGCGCACUGUAAGAUUAGAGAUUUAAUAAGGGAAUUCAAGCCGGAUAUUUUUUGUCUUGCUGAACCAAAGGUAGCGUGCUCGACUAACUUUGGUAAAAGACUUCAGAUGGAAGGUUUUUCUCCAGAUAUUAUUCAUAAUUCUUCUGUUUCCGGUAUUGCUAAUCUUUGGGUUUAUUUUUUGAAUGAAAUAAGUUCUUCUGUAGUUAAUAUGAGUAAGCAAGCCAUUACUAUUGAGGUUGAGGGAGUUCAUAUCUCUUUUGUGCAUGCUAGAUAUGUUCAAGUUACUCGUAGAAGUCUUUGGCAGCAACUUAGUGUGCAAGAUACAACUACUCCGUGGCUUGUCAUGGGAGACUUCAAUUGUAUUUUGCGUCUUGAUGAAAAGAAGGGGGGUCUGGAGCCUAGUACCUCGGCUAUCAACGAGUUUAGUGACUGGAUGCACGAUAACAAUCUUUUUGAAGCUGAUUCUCUGGGUACCAAGUUCACUUGGACUAAUCGAAAAUCGGGCUCUGAUAGAAUUAUAAGAAAACUCGAUAUAACAGUUAUUAAUUAUGCUUGGUUGGCAAAGUAUGAAAACUUGCGUUGCAAAGCUCUUCCUAGAGAAGUAUCAGAUCAUUCUACUCUGUUGGGCUAUCCUUUUGUGGUCUCUCGUCCUAAGAGAGCUCCUUUUAGAAUACAAAAGAUGUGGUUUUUGCAUUCAGAUUUCAUUCGUAUGGUUCAAGACAGUUGGAAUAUGCCAGUUCAUGGCUUACCGGACUUUAUUUUUCCAUUCAAGUUGAAGAGGUUGAAAGGGGUUAUGAAGGAAUGGAAUUUGUUGGUUUUUGGCAACAUUCACUCUCGUUUAAAACAAGAUCAGUUGAGAUUUGAAACUGUUGCGCGCAUCUCAGAUGAAGAUCCAACUGAUAUUGCUAAACUUAAUAUUAUGAAGGAUGUUAUGAAUACUCUUGGCGAAACCAAGCUUCAGCACACCACAAUGCUUAAGCAAAAGUCUAGAAAUCAGUGGCUUGUUGAGGGAUCAAGCAACUCCAAUUUCUUUCACAAUAGUAUUCGCAUCCGAAGGAGUUCAAACACUAUUUACGAGUUAGUGGAUAGCAAUGGUGCUACUAUUUCUGAUUACGACCAGCUGCGUGACCAUGUGGUGAAUUAUUAUGAGGAGAAAUUUAAUGGCCAGGAUUUGGAUUAUGAUAUGGAUUUAUUUGAUUUUUUUCAUGAUUCCAUUACCGCUGAGGAAAGUAUUGCCAUGGACCAAAUUCCUUCUCCUAAAGAAAUAAAGCAAGAAGUUUUUCAUUUAGGAGCUGGUAGUGCUCCGGGUCCGGAUGGUUUUUCUGGUUGUUUUUACCAUCAUUGCUGGGAUAUUAUUCAAGAUGACUUGGUUAAGGCGGUGAUACAUUGUUGGGGUACUGGUCAUAUUCCGAAUGGUGUGAAUUCUAGCCUUAUCAUUCUUCUGGCCAAGGUAAGAGGGGCUAAUAAUCUUCGUAAUUUUCGUCCGAUUGGGCUUAGUAAUUUUUUCUUCAAAAUUUUUACUAAGAUCCUAGCUACUAGACUUAGUAGUUUUUUGGACAGGCUUGUUUCUGAAGAACAUGUGGCAUUUAUGAAGGGUCGCAAUAUCUUAUCUUUUUCACUUUCACAAGCGAUGGGUUCUAUUUCUUGA